CGUCCCCGACCAGACCGCCCCGCCUACAGGACCCGAAGAACCCCUGUCGCUGGUCGAGCGAGGAGCCCCCGCCGUCGCCUCCUCCUUCGCCGUUCCCCCGCCCGUGAACGUGACCGGGGCCGCGAGGGAGGACCUGUUGCUCAUGACUCCCAUCCUUAAGUGCGGCGCCACGGCCAUGAGGAACCUCCUGAAGGUCCUGAAGAAUGAAAACAAGUUCGACCUGGUCAUCAGCCAGCCGAAGAAGGCGGAGCUGGUGCACAUCCCGCAGAUGAAGCUCCAGCGCGACCUGGGGGCAACGCGUCGUCCUUCUCGCGCCGACGGCGCUCAUGCAGUCCUUCGCCUACAUCAACUUCACCAGCCACCACUUUCGGAAGCCCAUCCACAUCAGCCUGGUCCGCGCGCCGGUGGAGCGCGCCAUCAGCUGGUUCUACCACGCGCGCGCGCCCUUCCAGCUGGUGGAGAGGCACAACCGCUUCCCGGACACCAAGUUCCCCACCAGGAAGUUCCUGAAGAAG